AUGAACUAUGACGAUGCAAAAAAUAGUAUCUCACAAUUACAACAUUUCUUCACUGGAAUAAAAUACCAAAUUAUCGAUAACAUCAUUCACCACCCACAAGGUACAAUUCGAAAUGCAUGGGAAAUAUAUAUCAUNGAAAUUUUAUCGAAAUCCUAUGAUGAAGUUAGACUCCCCUUCGAUCAUGUUCAAUAUAUUGUGGACAAUUUACAAGUUAAGUAUCAAAUGAACUAUGACGAUGCAAAAAAUAGUAUCUCACAAUUACAACAUUUCUUCACUGGAAUAAAAUACCAAAUUAUCGAUAACAUCAUUCACCACCCACAAGGUACAAUUCGAAAUGCAUGGGAAAUAUAUAUCAUUCAUACGACAAUCUAUCAUGACUUUUGCCAUGCAACAUUUGGUAGAUAUAUUCACUAUAUACCGACGACAGUGGACGAUAAAGGUCAACUGUGCGUAUACAAUAAGCUGAAGAACUUUGGAAUAAAUAACCUGAAUGAGACAGUUUGGUUAUUGGCAAGUGAACAUCACUCAUCGUUGACAACAUGGGACAACUAUUACAAAGAUUCAAAAUCUGUGUUGACCUUUAAUUUACAUGCGAAUAGAUUUCUCAAAGCCUUUAUAGAAAAAUACAAUCCGCCAUCGGAUUACUUCAAAGUUUUAGACAUAGCUAUGGGCCGAGGAAGAAAUUCCAUUUGGCUGGCACGAAAAGGUUAUCAAGUAGUGGGAUUUGACGCUUCAAUCGAAGGAAUUCAAAUCGUCAAAUAUCAAGCAGAACGAUUCAAUCUAACUAAUUUACAAUCGUAUGUGGCAUCAAUCGAAGAGUUUUCCUUUGGUUUGGAACAAUGGGAUCUGGUUGUAUGUAUGUAUUUUCCACUCAUAAAUCAAACAAGCUAUCUGCGAAGAAUAGAACAAUCACUGAAGAAUGAAGGUCUACUGAUUGUAGAGGGUUUUCAUUGGGAUAGUUUAAGUGGUGAACAUCGAAUACCAACUGGUGUUACUUAUAGAACAAAUGCAAUUCCAUCAUUAUUUCCGAAUCUAACAACGAUUGUGAACGAAGAACCAGUUGAUUACAGUGAUUUUGGAAAUGAAAUGACAAAACUCGUUCGAUAUGUAGGACAAAAACACCAUUUCUCUGUUUCUCGUGUCAAUUAA